AUGAGGGCGGCCACGGCGACGCGAUUGCUGCCCUGGCUGGUCGGCCUGGCCGGCGCGCAGCUUGAGCUUCACGAUGGUGUCGUCGCGGGCGACGGCGGCGGCGACAGAGCGCGGUACGCCGCCGUGCCGCUCACGCCCGAGGGCAUGAUGCCGCGCUUCGUCGCCGACCGGGCGCGGCCGCAGCUCGCCCGCCGCGACGGCAACUGCGGCGUCGGCUUCCACAACUGCCUCGACGUUGGCUUCGGCGGCAGCUGCUGCGAAAACACGCACUACUGCUACGUCAACAAGCAGAGCCAGCCGCGCUGCUGCCCCAUCGGCUCCAACUGCGUCUCCGACUCCAACUGCAGCAGCGACCGCUUCCAGUGCACGUCGACGGCCAGCGUCGCCGUCACCGUCACGGCCAGCAGCGGCCGCGGCAGCAACACCGACACCGCCUCCGUCACCGUCUUCACCACCGCCUCGGCGCAGGUCGGCUGCUGCGGCCGCGCGUGCCCGCAGACGAGCCAGUACCUCUGCCCCAAGGACCUCGGCGGCGCGUGCUGCUCUUUCGGCUUCGACUGCCGCUCCGGCGGGCAGUGCGUCGAGACCAAGAAGCCAGGCCCUUCAUCGGGCACGCUGACGCCCGUCGUCGACGGCUGCACCACCUCGCAGUUCAAGUGCCCCGACGGCGCCGGCUGCUGCGACGAGUGGAUGCACUGCACCCGCGUCUCCGACAAGCCCUACUGCGCCCCCGGCAACCCGACCAACACCAACGUCCGCUCUGUCGGCGACGUGCCCCCCGGUGGUGGCGGCGGCGACGACUCUACCUCGGAUGCGAGCCUCUCGGGCGGCGCCAAGGCCGGCAUUGGCGUGGGCGUCGCCGUCGCGGGCGGGCUGGUGCUCGGCCUCGCGGCGUGGUGGUUCUGCGUCCGCCGCCGGAGACGCCGCGCCGGCGCCGGGGGGGCCCGCAAGGACGAGCAGCCGGACCCGGACCGGGACCCGGACGCCGCCGGCCCCAACGGCUGGCCCCCCGGCAGCGACAUACCCCGCGACGCUGCCCACCGCCCCAUCGGCAUCGGCGAAAUGUCCGAGACGACGGCCUCGCAGCGCCCGCGCCUGACGCACGGCCUGACCGACGACUACUUUGGCCCCGUGUCCGGGCCUUACACCGAGGCCUCGGACGCAGGCCGCUCGACCACGUCCCCCGCGCCGCAAAGGCCCGGGCCGGAGCAUCCCCAGGGGGCCGAAGCCAUUGCGGUUCCCGUCGAGAUAGACUCAUCGACGGCCACGCCAGCACCGCCACCCGCGCCGGCCACGCCCACGCCGUCGACCCAGCAUCUGUCGACGCACCCGUUCCCGCACCCCGAAACGACAGAUGGCCUCUUCGAGCUCUACGGCUCCGAGGCGCAACAACCGCCCCAGCCCUCCCCCUCGCUCCUCACGACGGGCACUACACCAGGAACUCCCGCCAGCGAAGGACCCCGGAAAGCCGACAAAUAA